UCACAUGUUGUUUUGCUCUUCUUAGUUCAGUCACUCGGUGCGCGAUGUGUUACUCACUGUGCGGCGGGGACCGCGACGAGCCCGGGUCGCCUUUGGCAGCAGCAGCAGCAGCACCAGCAGCGGCAGCAGCCCCGGCGGCGGCGCGGACCCCGAGCGCCCGGGCGCACCCCGGCUCCCCGGAGCGCGACGCGGCGGCAGCAGCCCCGGUGCGGCCGCGCGCGCCUUAGGCUCGGCCCCGCGGCUCGGGGACCCCGACUCCCGGCCCAGUCAGCGCGUCCCCCGGCGCCGCCCGAGAGCCUGAGGAGGCAGCGGCCGCAGGCAGCCGGGGCGGGGGGCGGCCACCGCCCGCGCCGGGCAUCCUUGGGAGCCCCGAAGCGCGGAGGGCGCGGCGCAGCCGAGCGGUGCUGGCCCCCGCGGGCCUCCCCGGACCUUCCCCACCGCCUGGGCCCGAGGGACGCGUGCUCGGGCGGGCGGCCGGGCGCAAGGGUGGGAGGGAGCCGCCCCCGCCCGCGCCCCCUCCGCCCCUCGCCCCAGCCCCUGGGCGCCGGGCCCGGGCGGCGCGGCCUGAAGCGCCCGGGAUGGCGAGCCCGCCGCGGCACGGGCCGCCCGGGCCGGCGAGCGGAGACGGCCCCAACCUCAACAACAACAACAACAACAACAACCACAGCGUGCGCAAGUGCGGCUACCUGCGCAAGCAGAAGCACGGCCACAAGCGCUUCUUCGUGCUGCGCGGGCCCGGCACGGGCGGCGACGAGGCGACGGCGGGAGGGGGGUCGGCGCCGCAGCCGCCGCGGCUCGAGUACUACGAGAGCGAGAAAAAGUGGCGGAGCAAGGCAGGCGCGCCGAAGCGGGUGAUCGCGCUCGACUGCUGCCUGAACAUCAACAAGCGCGCCGACGCCAAGCACAAGUACCUGAUCGCCCUCUACACCAAGGACGAGUACUUCGCCGUGGCCGCCGAGAACGAGCAGGAGCAGGAGGGCUGGUACCGCGCGCUCACCGACCUGGUCAGCGAGGGCCGCGCGGCCGCCGCAGACGCGCCCCCCACCGCCGCGCCCGCCGCGUCCUGCAGCGCCUCUCUGCCCGGCGCCCUGGGCGGCUCUGCCGGCGCCGAGGACACCUACGGGCUGGUGGCGCCCGCCACGGCCGCCUACCGCGAGGUGUGGCAGGUGAACCUGAAGCCCAAGGGUCUGGGCCAGAGCAAGAACCUGACGGGCGUGUACCGUCUGUGCCUGUCGGCGCGCACCAUCGGCUUCGUGAAGCUCAACUGCGAGCAGCCGUCGGUGACGCUGCAGCUCAUGAACAUCCGCCGCUGCGGCCACUCGGACAGCUUCUUCUUCAUCGAGGUGGGCCGCUCGGCCGUCACGGGUCCCGGCGAGCUGUGGAUGCAGGCGGAUGACUCGGUGGUGGCGCAGAACAUACACGAGACCAUCCUGGAGGCCAUGAAGGCGCUCAAAGAGCUCUUCGAGUUCCGGCCACGCAGCAAGAGCCAGUCGUCGGGGUCGUCGGCCACACACCCUAUCAGCGUCCCCGGCGCGCGCCGCCACCACCACCUGGUCAACCUACCCCCCAGCCAGACGGGCUUGGUGCGCCGUUCGCGCACCGACAGCCUGGCCGCCACCCCGCCGGCGGCCAAGUGCAGCUCGUGCCGGGUGCGCACCGCCAGCGAGGGCGACGGCGGCGCGGCGGCGGGGGCAGCGGCCGCGGGCGCCAGGCCAGUGUCGGUGGCUGGGAGCCCCCUGAGCCCCGGGCCGGUGCGCGCGCCCCUGAGCCGCUCGCACACCCUGAGCGGCGGCUGCGGCGGCCGCGGGAGCAAGGUGGCGCUGCUGCCGGCAGGGGGCGCGCUGCAGCACAGCCGCUCCAUGUCCAUGCCUGUGGCGCACUCGCCGCCCGCCGCCACCAGCCCCGGCUCCCUGUCGUCCAGCAGCGGCCACGGCUCGGGCUCCUACCCGCCGCCGCCGGGCCCGCACCCGCCCCUGCCGCACCCACUGCACCACGGCCCCGGCCAGCGGCCCUCCAGCGGCAGCGCCUCCGCCUCGGGUUCCCCCAGCGACCCCGGCUUCAUGUCCCUGGACGAGUACGGCUCCAGCCCCGGCGACCUGCGCGCCUUCUGCAGCCACCGGAGCAACACGCCCGAGUCCAUCGCGGAAACGCCCCCUGCGCGAGACGGCAGCGGCGGCGGUGAGUUCUACGGGUACAUGACCAUGGACAGGCCCCUGAGCCACUGUGGCCGCCCCUACCGCAGGGUCUCGGGAGACGCGGCCCAGGACCUGGACCGAGGGCUGCGCAAGAGGACCUACUCCCUGACCACGCCGGCCCGGCAGCGGCCGGUGCCCCAGCCCUCCUCCGCCUCUCUGGAUGAGUACACCCUGAUGCGGGCCACCUUCUCCGGAAGCGCAGGCCGCCUCUGCCCGUCCUGCCCCGCGUCCUCUCCCAAGGUGGCCUACCACCCCUACCCAGAGGACUACGGAGAUAUCGAGAUCGGCUCCCACAGGAGCUCCAGCAGCAACCUGGGUGCAGACGACGGCUACAUGCCCAUGACGCCUGGCGCGGCCCUCGCGGGCAGUGGGAGCGGCAGCUGCAGGAGCGACGACUACAUGCCCAUGAGCCCUGCCAGCGUGUCCGCCCCCAAGCAGAUCUUGCAGCCCAGGGCCGCCGCCGCUGCCGCCGCCACCGUGCCCCCUGCGGGGCCUGCGGGGCCAGCGCCCACCUCUGCGGCGGGCAGGACAUUCCCGGCGAGCGGGGGCGGUUACAAGGCCAGCUCGCCGGCCGAGAGCUCUCCCGAGGACAGCGGGUACAUGCGCAUGUGGUGCGGCUCCAAGCUGUCCAUGGAGCACGCGGACGGCAAGCUGCUGCUCAACGGGGACUACCUCAACGUGUCCCCCAGCGACGCGGUCACCACGGGCACCCCGCCCGACUUCUUCUCCGCAGCCCUGCACGCCGGCGGGGAGCCGCUCAGGGGCGUUCCUGGCUGCUGCUACAGCUCCUUGCCCCGCUCCUACAAGGCCCCCUACACCUGCGGUGGGGACAGCGACCAGUACGUGCUCAUGAGCUCCCCCGUGGGGCGCAUCCUGGAGGAGGAGCGGCUGGAGCCUCAGGCCACGCCAGGGCCCAGCCAGGCGGCCAGCGCCUUCGGGACCGGCCCCACGCAGCCCCCCCACCCCGUAGUGCCUUCGCCCGUGCGACCCAGCGGCGGCCGCCCCGAGGGCCUCCUGGGCCAGCGCGGCCGGGCUGUGCGGCCCACGCGCCUGUCCCUGGAGGGGCUGCCCAGCCUGCCCAGCAUGCACGAGUACCCACUGCCGCCAGAGCCCAAGAGCCCCGGCGAGUACAUCAACAUCGACUUUGGCGAGCCCGGGGCCCGCCUGUCGCCGCCCGCGCCUCCCCUGCUGGCGUCAGCGGCCUCGUCCUCCUCGCUCUUGUCCGCCAGCAGCCCGGCCUCGUCGCUGGGCUCAGGCACCCCGGGCACCAGCAGCGACAGCCGGCAGCGCUCCCCGCUCUCUGACUACAUGAACCUCGACUUCAGCUCCCCCAAGUCUCCCAAGCCGGGCGCCCGGAGCGGCCACCCCGUGGGCUCCUUGGACGCCCUCCUGUCCCCUGAGGCCUCCUCCCCGUAUCCGCCGCUGCCCCCGCGUCCGUCCGCAUCCCCGUCGUCGUCCCUGCAGCCGCCACCGCCACCACCGCCCCCCGGGGAGCUGUACCGCUUGCCCCCUGCUUCGGCCACUGCCACCGUCCAGGGCCCAGGCGCCGCCUCGUCCUCGGACACCGGAGACAAUGGUGACUACACCGAGAUGGCUUUCGGUGUGGCCGCCACCCCGCCGCAACCCAUCGCGGCCCCCUCGAAGCCAGAAGCUGUCCGCGUGGCCAGCCCGACGUCGGGCGUGAAGAGGCUGAGCCUCAUGGAGCAGGUGUCGGGGGUCGAGGCCUUCCUGCAGGCCAGCCAGCCCCCGGACCCCCACCGCGGCGCCAAGGUCAUCCGCGCAGACCCACAGGGGGGCCGCCGCCGCCACAGCUCCGAGACAUUCUCCUCCACCACGACGGUCACCCCCGUGUCCCCGUCGUUCGCCCACAACCCCAAGCGCCACAACUCGGCCUCCGUGGAAAAUGUGUCUCUCAGGAAAAGCAGCGAGGGCGGCGUGGGCGGCGUCCCUGGAGGGGGCGACGAGCCGCCCACCUCCCCCAGACAGUUGCAGCCGGCGCCCCCCUUGGCACCGCAGGGCCGGCCUUGGACCCCGGGUCAGCCCGGGGGCUUGGUCGGUUGUCCUGGGAGCGGUGGAUCACCAAUGCGCAGAGAGACCUCUGCCGGCUUCCAGAAUGGUCUCAACUACAUCGCCAUCGACGUGAGGGAGGAGCCCGGGCUGCCACCCCAGCCGCAGCCGCAGCCGCAGUCGCCGCUUCCUCAGCCGGGAGACAAGAACUCCUGGGGUCGGACCCGAAGCCUCGGGGGUCUCAUCAGCGCUGUGGGCGUCGGCAGCACCGGUGGCGGGUGCGGGGGGCCAGGUCCCGGUGCCCUGCCCCCUGCCAACACCUACGCUAGCAUUGACUUCUUGUCCCACCACUUGAAGGAGGCCACCAUCGUGAAAGAGUGAAGAUCUGUCUGGCUUUAUCACCAGGAUGUCACACGUCAGAGAAUGUCAUUAAAAGAAGAUGCUCAGCAUUGUUUCAGCCCGAAGCUGCUUACAGUUUUCUUUUGGAUCUGAGCAAUGACUAUGUUUGGAAACAUCUGUGGACUCUGUUAGAUGAGGCACUAACAAGGCAAGGUCACCUGCCUCUCUCCCUUGUUCCCGGAUGGGGCAUUCGUCAUUGUGCUGUUUGCGUUUUGUUUUGUUUUGUUUUAACAAAAUUAGCUGAAGAAGUUAUUCUCAAGAAAAUUGGAUGUUUUCAUUGGCCUUCUUAAAUUGUGGCCGGUGUCUUAAUUUCCUCUUUUCCUUUUGGCAAAGCAGAUGUAACCCUCAGCAUGCUAGGAGAGUGCACCCACACCUAUGAAAGUGGUAAAAUCUGGUAUUUACUGGCUUACACUCAAAACGACCACAGUCCUACCUCAGUUCAAGGUAAAGCCGGAUUUCCGUGGCAGGGGUCCAACAGGACCUCCUGUAGUAGCCCCUGCGCUGUGUGUCUGGAGCGCGGUCCUCGGCCUUAGUGAAAUGGUCCAAGUAUAGACAGCUGCUUGUUGGAUUCCAGUGCAGGUACCUGCCAUGUUUACGUCCACACCGAGCCCAGUGUGGGACUGACAUUUCUCGAUGGAAGUGAAAUUUGGGAUUGGACUUUAAAGACGGAUUACAAAAUAAUAAUUACUAUAUGUAACUGAAGCAACCUACUUUUGAAACAAAUCAACUGUAUUGGGUAGUGGGGGGGUGGGAGGGAAGGGCUUUGGGAAGGGGAUGAGUAUCUCUUUUUACCUUUAAUAGACUUGUUUAAUCUUCUCGAUGUAGAUGUUUAUGUAGGUACUUCACAUUGCAAACGCCUUUUAUUCUAUUUACAAGCUCAGAUGUCUCUGCUCUCCUGAAUCUUGGGCAUGCCUUUCUGUAACCAAAAAUCCCUGUAGGUGUGCUAGCAAUUCCAGGGUGGUCCGGGUGUGGCAGAUUUAAUUUUUUAAAAAAUGUAUUAUCUUUCAUAAAAUGUUAUUAUGUCAACCAGUGAGGCUGCCCUGAACAAAAAACGAAAAGAAAAAAAGAAAAGGAAAGAAAGAAACUGAUAAAAAGAGGCAUUCCAGCCCCUAUGUUGCUGAUGGAAAAAGAAAAAGAAGAAAAGCAAUCUCGCAGUACAUGUUACUUGUCGAAAAAAUUCCUGACAAGACUACCCUUGUUUUAUGUUUUCAGUAUUCUGAAAAUACCAGUGUUGUGGCAGUUCUCGCAGACGUUACCUAAAACCGCUGAACUUGACCGGCAGAAUGAUCUGCCGUUUUCUGCUCCGUCGACACUCAAUUGGAGGGCUGUCGACCUCUCCUCCCGUGGGGGCUUCCCCAGUGCCUAUCUUCUCUGAUAGUCAUGGAGAGGUUACACUCAUUCAUUGGAGAUGUAAGUUGUUGGUUUCGUUUUGUUUUGUUUUGAGAAAAAUAUAUAUAAAUAUAUAGAUAUAUAUCACUAUAGAAUAAUGCAUUAAUAAAAUGAGGCUUUUUUAGAGGAAGACCAAAAAUUUCAAUGUCUUAAAAAUAUAUUUAAUGGCAAUGCAAAAGUCUUCCUGCUUCCGUGCUGAACUUUAGAACAGAGGAUUGUAUUGCAAGACAAAGUUGAAUGUAAAGUGAUCUCCCUGAACAUUUUUAAGGUUUUACUUUUCUGAAAUUAUACAUCACAGCAGCGCCUAGGCCAUACAAUGUUAGCUGGAAGGUCAAUUUCAGUGUAUGAUGUACUUUAUUAAGAUGUAUAAAACAUCCUGAAGUUUUUAUUUAGUUUUGGGAAUAGGCAUCGAUGGGUGGUAUUUGCUUUGUAACUCCCCCCAGGUACGAUAGGGACUGAACAUGGACCCUGCUGAAUGCGGUGUAUUGACGCAUAUUUAACUCGCCCUCUCUCCUUAGAGUAGUCAUGACACUAUACAGAUGGUUCAUGUUCAUACUGCAGCUUAAAACAAGCAAAAUACACAGAUGAUAAUAUACUAAAUUUUCCUCUAUCCUGUACAUUUCAAAAAAAGGCAUAUGCAAUAUUUACAUUUUUAAUUUAGUUUACAGAAUGGAACCAAAAUGUAUAAAUGUUAUGUUUGCUAAAACUUCACAAUGUAUAUUGGGUCUUUGUACAUUUUGCCUGACUUACCUUAAAUUUAAAAUAUUUUUUGCUAUAUAAACUUUAACAGUUAUUAAACAGUGUUUUCUUUUUGGGUACGUAUUGUUUCUGGAUAUCAAGAUGUUAAAUAUAUUUCUUGCUAUUGUGAUAUGACAAGAGACUUAACUUAUCUUGCUCUGUCUUCCACUGUACACGCUGUAUAUAGGGGUCAAUGUGAUGCUGCUGGAGACGAGAAUAAACUGGACUAGAAUAGUGCAUUGUAUUUAGUCUGUAUUGAUCAUGGAUGCCCUCCUUAAUAGCCAUAUGCAAUAAAAUAAAGUACAUUAUUUAUGAAAUGAA